AUGACCAAAAUCGGGGUUGGUGAGCGAACUUGGAUAGAAGCCCGCUCCAUGCAAUCACUCAGCCCAACAACCUCCAAAAUCCUUUCACGGACAGGUUUCAAUGCUAGGAGUCUGAGUGUAGGCUUUGACGCCAGCCUAUCUUCCAUCGGGGUGUUGCACGAAACCACCCGGCGCCGCACCCUCAUGGGUCAUCAAGCCACAGUAGUAGACCAACGGGUGACCAUGGACACCCUGCGCCUUGCCAUCGUAAUAAAAUACGACACGCUAAUCCCCGUAAUUCCUGUUAUUCUUGACGAGCGGGUACUCCUUUCGGUUCUCAUCGUGCUCCGGGCAGUGAGCAGGGAAGUGCAGCUGCACAUCUUUGCUGUUAUCGUUGUCGAACGGAUGUGA